AUGUGGCUUUUCUUUGGAACUUUGUGUCGUGGAGCACUUGUGGUACUCCUGACCUUUCUUCUUUAUUUUGAUUCUAGUCGUCUUCCGACGCCUGAUUAUGUUGCCGGAGAGAUGUGUAACAUGUUGGAGAGACACGCGGAGUGUUCCAGCUGUCAGAAGCUUCUGAGCCAUUUCGAUGUCGAUGGAAAAGGCGAUGAGUCCCCGAUCUGGCAAACUUUGCGACGGUUAGACAAGCCGCGUAUGCCUGCAGUGCAACCAUGUGAUGGCAAAACGAGGAGUGUGGAGUGUAAUCAUUUUCUUGAAAAUAGUCUCAUUGAAAAGUGGAGCAUGGUCUCUGCGCUUGUUCACGAAAUGAAAAAGUUUUACGCCACUACGGAUCCGGAUGCCGUGGGCAUCGUUAACACUCGGCACGAUGAACUCGUAGAGUUUAUACUGAAUGAAAGGGAAGCAAGAGAAAGUGAACAGCGGGAAUUGCAGAAGUGGGAAGAUUGCUCUUCUAUAGUCGAUGUCGAAAGUGACACUUCGGAGCUUUCCACGAACAAAUUGAGGAGGCACACAUAUGAAAGCAGUGCGUGCAGCAUUAGUUUCAGCAACGACCGCCAGCGAUCGUUCUGCUGGUGCCACUGCGCGGGAAAGUUGCCUUUCAUGGAGCGGACGCGGAUUUGGUUGCUUCAUAUUUACCUCUCGUACGAUAUGCGCAUGAAAAUAAUUAUUUUACAGCAUCAAAGGAACACCCUCUUUUGCCUUCUGUUGGAAUUAUGUUUACUUGGAAUAGUGAUGAGGCACCAGACUGUGGAGGCUGCAGUUGAAGUGGCGGGCGCCGUACAUCCCACCAACGGCAAAUUGAGCAAUGAACUCACGGAUGUUUUUAUGUCACAGGUUCACACGGGAAAAUCAACCACACGUCGGGUUGCGCCUCCACGAUUAAGAGGGUCCAGUCACCGGAAAGACUGA